AUGGAUCCCUAUGACAGUGACUCCAGUGUCGACGAGGACUUCACCGAUACUGGUGUGCUUUUAGGCUAUGCUGCUGAGGAUGUCAUCGAGGACGUAAUCAGCCAUCUUGGAGGCUGGCCGAAAUGGCUCGAUGAAGCCUCCCCAGCACCUGGUGAUUUCGCCAAUUGCAAAGUCUGCAACAGCCCAAUGCUGCUGCUCCUCGAAUUGCACGGCGAUCUGCCCGAUCACUUCCCGACCGACGAACGACGCCUAUACCUAUUUGGCUGCCCCAGAAAACCUUGCAACCGCAAACCAGGCAGUAUCAGAGCAUUCCGUGCGGCGCGCAAGGUUACCGUCGGCGGACAAAACAAACAAGAUGAAACAAAACCAGAGGAAAACAAGCCCGUCGCACCAGAGCAACCCAAGCAGGACCUAGGAGCGAGCCUGUUCGGCGCAACAAACCUGACAAGCAACGUAUCCUCGAACCCGAACCCCUUCUCAUCUGCUUCGGGCCCAACACCCGCAGGCAGCAACCCCUUCGCAACACCGGUCCAGACAACAGCUCCUACCGCCGAAAAACCCGUGUCUGCAAACACCCUGGAGUCCACUUUCGCCGACAAAUCCGCAUUCCCUGCGCCGUACAAGAAUUUCUUCCUAGACGCAGAAUACGAGACUCUCUCCCGGCCGUCUUCACCCACAGUGCCAGAUAAUGUGCAGAUCGAACCAAUGGAGGAAGAAGGCACUGGUGCCGCGGAGCUGAAGGACACUUUCGAGUCCGAGCUCGACAAGGAUUUUAUGAAGUUCUCGAUGCGCAUCGAGCACAACCCGGAGCAGGUGCUGCGGUAUGAGUUCCGCGGUGCACCGCUACCUGUCACCACAGUUGGUUCGGGGAGUAUCCCGGCUUGUGAGUACUGUGGAAGUCAGCGUGUGUUCGAGUUCCAGCUUGUGCCGCAUGCCAUUACUAUGCUUGAGGAAGGGCGUCCUGGUGUUGGGCUUGGGAAGGAUGAUGCGGGCAUGGAGUGGGGUACUAUCAUCAUGGGGGUCUGUGGUAAGAACUGUACGCCGCAAGAGCUGGGCGUUACUGGGUGGCGGGAGGAAUGGGCUGGUGUGCAGUGGGAGGAGUUGAGGUAG